AUGGACAAUAUGGAGGACGCGUUGCUGUUUAAUCCCUUGGGGACGUUGAAAAAUCAACUUGAUUUUGUUGGACAUCAGGUGAGAUUAAAGUUUUGUAGAGGUCUAAUUUGACCGGUCAAGUUGUCAAAUUGACCCAAAUGAAAGGCUUGUGGGCCAAUAUGACUAGUAAACUCAUCGGUCAAGUUGACAAAAAUUAUCUGUCAAGUGGACAAUCUGACCAUUGAAAUUUCAAAUAUGACAGGUCAAGUUGACAAAAUGACCCGUCAAAUGACCAAACUAACAAUAAGAGGUUUGUUCAAGGUCAAUCCGAACGGCUAAGUUGACAAAUUGACCAAAAUGACCAAACAGACAGGCUUGUAUUGUAGGCCAAUACUACUGGUAAUAUGACCAAAACGACCGGUCAAAUUGAAAAAAAUUAUCUGUCAAAUGACCAAUCUGACUAUUGAAACUUCUAAUAUGACCGGUCAAGUUGACAAAAUGACCCGUCAAAUGGCUAAAUGACCGGCCAACUUUCAAAAGUUCACCUUCAAAUGACCAAACUAACAGGCUUUUUCGAGGUCAAAUAACUGCUCAAGUCAACCAAUCUUACCGCUUCGAUUAGUAGUCAAAAUGACUGUUAUCUCUACCAAUUAGACUAAUAAAAAAUACUUUCAGCUUGUCCGCCUUCUCCAAGCAAUUGGCCAAUCGCCUUGUGAAUGCACGACCUGCGAAACUCAUUUGCCCGGAAAAGCGAACCCAAUGUCAUCCGGUCAAAUGAUGGACCAACUGCAACGCCAAGUCUCGGUGGAUCAGAAGUCUAACAACUCCGAACGUGCGCAUUCGGAAGAGUCGUUUUCCGGACCCCUAAAGCCAUCGCUGGGCGGCGUUGACUUGGCUGGGUUUCAAAGUGCGUUUCGAAAACAAGUGGUGGUUUUUGGUAGAUAAAAAAAGAUCGAAAAGGAAACCAAGAAUACCCCAAAGUUCACUGAUAUCAAAGAGGCCCAGAAAAGGGGUCUUUUUCCGGUCGCUUGGGAUAUAAGAAAUUUGCAAAAAUUGUGUUUUUAGAGUUUGCAGAGCCUUCGCUUUUUCGGACUACUCUCAUGCACUGAAACCAUUAAACAUCCCUCUAAAUUCUAAUCCACUUCUUGUUUUCAGAAGGCAAUCGACGAUCCAAAUAUUUUACCGAAGAAGCUAAACUAAAAGUCGCCGAGUACGCAGUGAUUCAUGGUGCUUCAGCGGCAGCCAGAAAAUUCGGAAUUGCGCCUUCCGUGGCGGCUUAUUAUCAACGAAAAAUGAAGAAGAAUUUGACGCUGGACCCUCGAAACCACAGUCAAUACAAUGGCGAUGAAACGAGGCGUCAAGGAAGUACGGAGGAUGGGGAAAGUGGGAAUGAAAGUCCCCUAACUCCCAAUGGAAAUGGCUUCAAUUUCGCGUUCAGACAAAGAGGAAGGCCCAAGCUGAUUGGGGAUGACCUGGACGCCGAAUUGGUGGAGCAUAUAGUCGAGGUAACCAUAAUAUUUAAUAUUCUAAUCAACAAAAAUUCCAGGUAAAACAUUCCAGGCCCACUCUCAACAUCACCGCUUCGUUUGCAUUGAACGAAGCCAAGAAUUAUAUUGCGCAAAAACGCCCCGAGAUGCUGGAGGAGAACGGAGGCCCAGUGAACUUGAAGAUCACCUGGGCCAUGAAAUUGGUGAACAGAGUGAAUGAGAGAUAUCGGGAGAAGUACGGCGAUAUCAUACAUAAAAUUUCGGCACAAAAAUUUGAUUAUCAUAAUGACAAUCAAAACCAAAUCUUAAGUAAGUUUCGGUUACUUAUAGCCGAGUUUAGGCUGCUUUUGCUAAAAACCCGGGAAAUAACGGAUCAAAAUUUGCAAAAAAAAAUAUUUAUGAGAUCUAUAAUGAAUGACAGGUCUCAAAAAUAUAAUUUUUGUAAACUUUGAUCCAUUAUUUCUCAAGUUAUUAGCAACAGAACUCUUCCAUGUUCGAUUGACCCGCCCUUCAUCAAGCUCUAAUAUUUUAAAAUUUCCAGACGAUCAGUUUCUGAAGCUCUUGGCUGGAAGCGAAAUGAUGAAUUCGGACCUCAUCGCCCAAAUGAUGCUCCACUUCCAAGGAGAUCUACCAGCAAGUAAGAGUGAUUUACUGACCAAAAAUAACGACUAUGACGUGACCAACAAGCCUUGUUUUCUAGCCACAGACCCAAUUUCACUGAACGAAAACACAAAAAUGGACUUGACGCAAACUCAGCGCGUUCCCAACGCCCUAUCCCCCAAGAAUUUCGGUCAGGAGAACCUCAAUCACACCCUAGAACAGGAGCCGGAAGUUGAGAGCGAAAACAAUGUAAGCUUAUCGAAUGAGAAAAAAAAUUAUAUCAUCAAUUUUCAGGCCUACGCGAAAAUAUUCGAUCUGAUAUCGGAUGGGAGACAAUUGCAAAACGACCUAUAA